AUGGAGUUUGAAGACAGAAAACGAAAACUUGAGGAUGCAGACUCUGCAGACCUCGAGCCAUCGAAGAAAGCACUGCAGAAGCUAAGUGUCAGUGGACCACUUACUCAAGAAGAUGUUGUAUUGUAUAAAAAAGAGGCUAUUUGGAGGCAGAUGAAGUUCUACAAGUUGCAAGCCCAGGAGGUUAAGAGUGAGCUACAGCGAUACGAGUCUCGCUUUAAAGCUUACGUGGCAUCUCAUCUGCUAAUAGAAUCGUGGCUAGCUACUGUGGUAAAGGCUUUGGGCAAAGGCGAUAUCAAAAAGCUAGAUUUGACUUGUUCCUCCAAAGACGCGGAGGCUCUUCUCGAGGAGCGUCGCGAACUUCUUUUGGAUGUGUUCAAAAGCAAUUCUAACAUCGAUAAAGACGAAUCCAUCGCAAAGAUCUGCGAUAUCGUGGCAUUAGAAAGAGACAAGACUGAGGCUCAAAAUCUUCAUGCGUCUUUGAAAGAAAAGAUAACUGAGUUGGAGAAUCAACUCAGGGAGCUACAGAUGGCUAAAGACCGCAGUGAAUCUGCUUCAAUCAAGAGGGUACAAGUCAAUAACAAGCAGAAGGUCGAAACAUCUGAUGAUAAUGUGAAUGGUUCCUCGAAUGGUGAAUCUACUCCAGUGGAAGUCAAAAAAGAAGGUGUUAAUGAGGAGCAGGCUAACAUUUACAAAAAGGAAUUGGAAGACCUCCGAAUCGAGCAUGACCUGGUGAAAGCCGGUCUCGACUCUGUUACAGAGAGCUUGAAGGCCGCAAAUGUGAAACUUUCCAAUGCUGAACAAACAAACCUGGACCUCAUCCAUAAGCUCAACAACCUUGACGAGCCAGAGCUUCUCAAGUCUGCUAGAUACGUUACCAUUCUUUCUCAGAAUAAGUCUCUCAACGAGAAUAAUUCCCAGUUGUUGAAGCUCAAGGAUGAACUUGUACAAAAAUUGAGUGCGCUAGAAGACAAAGAGGGACAGUUUGUGAAAAGUGUCAGUACCGAAAUCUUGGAAGAAAAUCGACACCUUAAGGAGCUUCUUUCCAAAGCUGAGAAUGACCUAGUUCGCGUCCGCACUGUGCGUGAUGAGCUCAUCGGCAAGCUGGCAGUUUUCAAGCUGGAACUUGAGCAGGCCAAAUCAAGUAAGGAGAUUUUGGCCUUGAAUGAUAUCUUGAACCAGAGACUUCAUAAGCUCGAAGAAACCCUAGCAGCGCAAUUUGCGCCUGAAGUCGAUGCCAAUCUAGAAGCGCUCGAGAAAUCAGAACUCAUCAAAAGGCUUCAGAUUCUCAGUGGAGAAUUGAAGGAUUUGGAGUCAGCAUUUCAAGAGACACGCGGUCUUGCCUUGGAGAAAUUGAAGGACUUCGCCGACAAGGAUGGAUUUGUGAAAAAAUUGACGGUGGAGAAAAACAAAGCUGACCAAAAGUAUUUCGCAAGUAUGAGGGUGAAAGACCUGUUGGCCGCCGAGAACAAGAUUCUCAAGACCCAAAUCGCAAAGUCUCAAGAGCUUUUACAAAAACAGGGGGACAUAGAAAAAGCGUAUGCAUCGAAGAUUGACAUCAUGAACAAAUCCUUGACGGAGCUCAAAGCCAUAAAGGAAAGCUCCAUCCGCGAGACAUCUAAGUUAUACGAAUCGGUCAAGAGUUUAACCAGACAUCGUGAGGGAGCCACCAAAGAGAUUUCACAACUCAAGGAAGAGCUCAAAACCAUUUCGAAGCAAAAGGAGGCCUUGGUUGAUGAACUCUCUGACAUCAAGUACACGCUGGGCAAACUCCAAGGGAAGCUCAGAGCCACUGAUAGUCUUCUUCAGAAGUACAAGAGCAACAACACCUCGUCUAUAUUGCAAGAGGAUGAGAAGCAGUUGGAAGCAUUGAGGUCGAUCACCAAAUGUUCUGUUUGCUCCAAGAACUGGAAGAACACCGCCAUCACUGCUUGUGGACAUGUUUUCUGCGAUGGAUGUGUUCAAGAACGUCUCAACGCGCGUCUCAGACGUUGUCCCACCUGCAACAAGGGAUUUUCUUCCAAUGAUUUACUCUCUGUCCAUCUUUAG